CACAAACAAAAAUCAUUUUCUUUCACUAAAACUUCCAAGUGAUCAGUGGAGAUGCGAAACAUUCUUAAUUUGCGUGGGAUUAGUGGGCACAAUCGUUUAAAAGCUCAUAGAUCCACAUUUAAGAAUGUUGUGAAGAAAAUUGUGAGAGACCUGCCGAAUCAUCGACUCAUGGUUUUGAUGGAGCCCCUGCUCAGAAACAUUGUUCGAGAGGAGCUUGAUCGUUAUAGUCAACGACAUCAUCAUCUCUCUUCGUCAACGUGGUCCCAAAUCGAGCGGUUGCGCUCUGAAACGCAGUCGUCGCGUUCAGGACACAAGCUGCGGUUCAUAAACUCGCCACAGUCUUGCAUAUUCACUGGAGCCAAGAUCGAAACCGAGGACGGUUUUCCUGUAGCGAUCGAGCUCGUGGAUGCAGCCACGAACGCUAGAGUCGUUUCGGGACCGCUCUCAUCUUCUCGGGUCGAGAUCGUGCCGCUGGACGCUGACUUCACGGAGGAAAGCUGGACCGCUGACGUAUUCGAACGAUAUAUCUUCAAGCAACGUCAAAGCAGACGUCCGUUACUCAUCGGAGAUGUAACUGUCACGCUUCAAAACGGCGUCGGAGUGAUAGCCGGAGAUGUGGCUUUCUCGGAUAACUCGAGUUGGACAAGGAGUAGGAAGUUCCGGUUAGGUGGUAGGUUAACCGGUGGUGGAGCCGUGGAGGCAAAAAGUGUAGCCUUUACGUGUAAAGACCACCGUGGAGUAUCUUAUAGAAAACAUCACCCUCCGUAUCCCGUUGACGACGUUUGGAGACUGGAGAAAAUAGCUAAAGGUGGCGUUGCAGCGAAGCGUUUGGCUGACCACAAGAUCUAUACCGUCAAGGAUUUACGCCGUUGGUAUGCGGUUAAUCCAAAUGAGUUAUACAACAUACUUGGUGGAGACAAGAACUCAGGAGGGAUCUCAAAGAGAACAUGGGAGAUAAUUGUAUCCCAUGCAAUGAAAUGCGUUUUGGACGAGACAGAGCGUUACAUCUACACAGGAACCUCUCAUGACGAAUCACUUAUUUUCAACUCUGUCUAUGAAGUGAUCAAAGUGUGCUUAAGUGAUGGCACGUUUCGAAACCCUGAUGAGGUACCCACCUAUAAGCUGAACGAGUUGAAGAAAGAAGCUUAUACAAACCUUAACUGCUUACGAACCUUUACGGAACAUCCACAAAGGUCCUUGCAAUACACGCAAAAUCCUGGAUUUGGAAUCGCAUGUCCUGGGUUGCAGCACAACAACUUUCAAGGAACAUCUGACCCAUCAGGCUCUUUGAGUUCUCUUUACUUCACAGCUGCAAACUCCACCGUCCAACCAGAGAUGCUAAUGAGUUUUGGAAACUCACCAGCCACGACGUUUCAUGUCGACAGAAAUUUCUUACAGAGAAACAGCUUCAAGAUAAGUGAACACGACCCGGUGCACAGUGAAACUCAAACUUUAACGACAAUAGGUUAUGUCGAGAAUGCUGAGGAUGGUCACGAUAACACUUUUCCUUAUAAUAACCAACAUGAUAUGUCCUCUAACCUUUCACCUGGUGCGGCGGAUUGGGAGCAACAAGCGUUUAACAGUUUGUAUGUUAGCGUGUUUGGCACGGAAGAAGCGGGAACUUUUAAUGUUCGUCUUGCAAACACUGUGGGGUCUCCAAGAGCCAGGUGGUGUAAGGUUAAGGCAGCUUUCAAGAUACGAGAAGUCUGGAGACAGACAGCUGCUAGAAAGGAAGGCUUGUAAGAACCUUUACAUGGCGUUCUAGGUUCAACGGUUUCGAUUCUUGCAGUGCACGAAAGAUGCAUAUAUAUUGUGUGCGGGUUUUUUUUCUCAGCUCAUGUUUGAUACUUUCUAUAUAUGAACGAAUAAUUUAAUUACAUUUUUUAUAUUUUUUGUAUUUGUUUUCUUCUCAGUUGAAAUGCUUUUAUAGCAAAGAGUUUGUAAGUUGUAGUCUUUACAUGCUAUACUUGAUUCCUUGCUUUCUUGUGAUGCACGAAAGCUAGUUAUAGGCAGAUUAUGGUUUCCCCUCUUUGCCG